GAUGGGGAAGUGAAGUUUGUUGAGAAGGAAAAGCAAAGUGAUUGAAAAGCGAAAAGAAAGGAAGAAGGGAAGUGGGAGCAUUUGUUUUGUUGUGCAGAAAACAGCACCACUCCUUUCGGUGUCAAAGGAAUCCGAGCCUUUAGCCGCCGCUGGUGCUGUGAUUCCGGUGACGCAUCCAAUUCUCUCGCAUAAUUUACGUACUUAUUUUUCGCCGAUUUUGGUUACAUGAAAUCCCAAACUCAAAAUGGACCGAACCAGAAGAUCAUCCUCAUCCAUGCCUCCCAAUGCCUUCCCUAGACGCCGUCACCCUACUAUUUCUCUCCGAGGCUCUUUUCAGGAAGGAGCGGUGGAGUUGCAAGAGACGGUGAGGUUAAAGGCCAAUAAGAGGGAUAGGGAUUGGUCAAAGAGGAAGAAAGGCUCUAACUCCCACAGUACCGAAGAAGAGAGUGUGGGAAAUGAAAGCCACGAAAUUCAAGACUCGCGCGUGCUUUCUCCCAAUACUGCUUCGUCCGCAUCCGAUCAAAACCGUCGGGGGAGGACCUCUACUUCCUCUCCCUUACGGCCGUGGAACAUAACCGAUGAAGUAAUCGGUGCCACUGUCCCAAGGAGGACUCGUUCAGUUUCUGUGAAAAGGCCGCAUCACCAUUUGGUCGAAGAACAGAGUGCUGAAGCUCCAUCGCCUUCCUCUUCUAAUGUUUCUCCUCCCAAGAAGAUGAAAUCGAUUGGGAUUCCGCAGAGCGCUACCCAGGAAGACAUCGAGAUUGAGAUAGCAGAGCUUCUCUACGGUUUAAGAACUUCCCAGAACCACGACUUUUCUUCUUCGCAAAAGCUAGAAGCAAGCGAUUCGCGUCCUCCGGGGAGCGCUACUUCUUCGUCUUACCCUUCCCUUGAUGCUGAGAAGAAGAGGGUGGAAGAGUACAGUUUUUCCACUCUAGCACCGAACAGUUCAACUGCCGAGUCGGUCAGAAUCGAAAGCGAGCAACCUGCGAAAACGGAGAAAACUUCGCCCGAAUCACCUAGGAUGUCGGGUUGUCGUGGAAUUGAGUCAUCUAAGGGGCCGAAAGAGGGCAUUGAGGGACUCAAUUUGAAUUUGGAUGGUGGAUGUGGCGAUACUGCAGAUGGAAGAUCAGAAUCCAAGUUGGGUGUUGAUAAACACGAUUCUGCUUCUACAAGAGUGAUGUCUGUUGUUUCCGGGGGCAACGGCCAGCACAAGUUUGAGAUUGAUCUGAUGGCUCUUCCGCCUAUGACCUUAUCUCCUGAAAGGGAUAGCUUUUCGAUGGGUGAAGAUGGUGUCAAGGUAGAAAGUAUCGUUGACCAAGACAAAACUCUGGGAGGAAUUGAGGAGGUGGAGAUAAAAGAUUUGGAUCAGCUGAAUAAACAUAAUGACCUAGCAAUGAACCAUGAAUUGAAUAGGAAGGAUAGGAAUAAGGAACAACCUACCACUACAUCGACAAAUCCCAACGUGGAGAAAACUGUUCAAUCUAGUUCAAUGCCUUUGUCAACAGCUGUAUCAGAAAGGCCUAGCAGUCUCUCUUCUCUUGGAUACAUGCCGCCCUUGGACGCAGUGGUGAAGACGGAUAUAACCACAAGAUCGUCAACAGCCCCACAGCAUGCAAAUUUUGUUGUCUCACAACCUCGACCGAAGAGAUGUGCAACCCAUCAUUACAUUGCUCGUAACAUCUUUGUGCACCAGCAGUGUGCAAUGGUCAAUACCUUUUUCCCAUUAACUAUGGGCUCCGGUCCUGUGUGUGACGCAAAGCACAACAAUGCCAAUCAACUGCACUCUGCUGAAAGUGUGGUUGUCGGGAAACAAUCUCAUAAACACUCGCCAGGCCCAAACCAAAAUGCUGCACAAGAGAAAGGAUGGGCUGCGACAAGUGAUUGUAGUCUUGCUGCAGUUAGAAGUUCUGGUCCUGCCAACCCAAUGGAUUCAACACAAAUGAAGCGGCUAGUGCUUCACCAAGGUCCACAUUCAGGGUCUGCUAAUGUAGUGCAUGGUCCUGCUUUCCUCUUUCCUCUGGGUCAGCAUCAAGCAUCCGUAAUAACAGGUACUAGUCAGGCAGGUGGUGUGAGCUCCACCAGCAGUGCUUCCUCAUCUAACAAAUUCCACAGUGCACCUGGAUCGGCUGGUACCUCAACAAUGCCUGCAGUUGCUGCUGCAAUGAGCUUUAGCUACCCAAAUUUGUCAGCCAAUGAUGCUCCAUAUAUGAGAGUAGUUCAAAAUAGUGGGUAUCCGUUCUCAUUUUCAACUCAUCUUGAAGCAUCUGCUGCUAUCAGAGGUGCAAGCCCUGCACAAUCACCGCCUAUGCUCAAUGCGCCUUUGUACUCUUCUCAUAUGUUUCCCCCUCUUCAGUAUCCACAGCAGCAUCCGCACUCCCAACCACUGGUACAACCAAGUUAUCUUAAUGCAAGCACUUCAAGUGCUUCAUCAUCAUCUCAUAAGCAGUCACAGGGAACACAAGUUAACAGCAACAGUGUUCUGACAUCCACGACUAUGCAACUACAGCAGUCACAAAAGCAUCACACCUCCCUGUCUCAUCCUCGCAAGCACGAGACUGGGAUGGCUGGGGAAAAUGCUACAUCUGUCGCUAGUGGAACAGCUUACUCACAAAAGAAGGCAUUUGGGCAGAACUUCACGAUUCCAGUUCAGCCACUGAGCCAUUCGUUCACGCCAUCUACAACAUCAGAUAGUCUUGGUGGCAACAGUGGAAAUUUUGGUGACAAGCAGCAACAGCAACAGGCUUUGAAGGGGGGAGUUGAGCAAAUACCAUCUCAAGCAUUUGCAUUAUCAUUUGCUGCUUAUAAUGGGACCAGUCUUCCUUCAAAUCUUAACUUCUCAACCAUGACACCAAAUCCAGUGAUAUUUCAAAGCCUGCCUGAUAUUGCAUGGCCAGGAUAUCAAGCUGCAAGUACAUCUCAUACGACCCAGCAGAAGAUGUAUUCUAUUACCGAAGGGAAGAGUGGAGGGAAUUCUUCCCACCGAGAUGAUGAAAAGAAAGCCACUUCUGGGAAGCCGUCAACCAAUGGACCAAUGACCCUUGUUUUUGACAAUUCAUCCAACAAUCUUAACUUCGUUUCAUCUCCUAUGACUGGAAACUGGCCUAGUCGUUCCAUCACUUCAACUGCAACAACCACAAGUUUUCCUCUUUCUAGUAUAGUUUCAACUUCUCAACCGCCACCACAGGUGCUUCAUCUUCAGCAGCAACCUGCUGUGGCUACUCGAUAUAAAGCAUCGUCAACUAAUGCUGCUGCUACUACAAAAAUUUUAAACUGUCCCCCGGUUUAUUCACAAACUCAAACUCUGUCCAAAAAUUCUAACCAAACGUCUCAGUCAAAGAAUUUAGGAAGAACAACUCCGGAUUCUCAGGUGCAUAACAAUAUUAUAACAUCUACCACCCCAACUCAGCAGAGUUUUUCUCAUGAACAAGGAAGAGCUAUAAAGGGUCAUACGCAAAUAUCUUUUGGGGGAAAUUUCAUAUCUUCCUUGCCACUACAAGGGCAGCAGCUAUUGAAUAACAGCCAGCAUCUGAGUACAACAGUUGCAGGGACUCCACCUAGUGUGGGCAACUUGACAAAUUCCCAGGGGAGCAAAGUUAGUUCAGCAAUGAACACUUCGCAGCUGCAACAAACUGAGAAUUCAUCUUCUGGGACUGGCCAAAAAUCUUCCCCAGUUUGUGGGAGAAAUGUCCCAUCGAUCUUGAGCUCGUGCCCCAGCCACCUAUCUGAACUGAAGUAUUAGAAAUCAAUCAGUGCACUCCAUCAAAGACAAAAAAGGGAAUUCUCUGCAAUCCCACUCUUUUCAGCACAUGGAGGUCCUUGCUGCUACUGGUUCUUUUUCAAAAUGCACUGUGUUAUCUUAAUUGUGGUUAAGCACACCCGUGUAUAUAUCUUGCAGUAUAAAAAGCUCACGCCUCGAGCAAUUUCCAAUGAAGAUUGAGGACAAACUUUUGGUUUGGCAGCUUAUGUGAUUAUAUUCCUUAUGGGGAGGUACGGAUGCUCUGGGGUGAUGGAAUAUUUAUUAUCCUGCGGUUCUGUUUUUUUGUAGAGGUGACAAUAAUAUAGGUUGAAGUGAAAGAGAAAUCUGAUGUGGGCACCCCAAUCUGAUGAUAAUAUUCAACGUCGUGACAGAACAGGUGCCGCCACUUUUGCUGGUGAGUGAUGGAUAAUGAAAGGAAGUGGGGAUACGUUGGGCCUACAAUUUUGAAAUCGAAGUAGGGAUUACUAUCUUAUACUACUGACUAGACGCCUAUUGCAUGUUCACGUGGUCUUAUUAUUUGACGCGUUAGACGCAAUUCUGACAUGUAGAUAAAUCAUAUCAUUAUGUGUUUUUUUUGUCCCUAUAGCAAGAAGUGUACUUCAAAAAUAAAAUCAUUUUUUAUAAAAAAAGUCUUUGGUUUUUGCUUUCCCUUUUGUUAUCAUGUUUUUGGUAGAUUGGAGUGGCGGUGAUUGGAAAUU